GCACUGCGGAAGGGCCGACCGAGGUUCGUUCACGAGACAGCAUCAGCAUCCGCGCAAUUCCUUAAAGUGCGGCUUUUUUCACUCAUAUACACUUACAUAUAUCUCUCUACUCCUCCACCAGCUCUGACCUCACCUUCUGUCUGUAUUCUGCUGUUCUGAUCGUAUCGUCCGUCGCUACCAGACACAUACUACUCCCUUACCUCGAUCCCCACCAUGGCCGACGCCCUAUGCGGCCCGUCGAAUGCGCUGCAGAACUUCCAGAAACACGCAUCCACAGAUCGUACACUGCAACAAGACCGUCUGACAUCACGGCAGAGCCCUUCGCAAUCCUUCAGGAUCAACGGACCCAACGCUGGUCUCCUCGACCCUGAAUUCGAAGCAUUCCAAGCCGGUCAUAACACCCCAGCGCCCAUCAUCCAGCAGGGUCCCCAAUUCGACUCUCGAUUCCAACAUCCACAGCCACAUACGCACCCAGGGCAGCCCUCCACACCCUGGGCGUCGGACUUCCAGAGACUUCAUAUCUCCUCACAUCCGUCGUCCCAGCAGCAGUCCCGGCAUGUCAACUUCUCCGGACAGACGCCCGCGGGCGCAUCGUCAUGGCAUUCGGACUUCAUGAUGCAGCACAGCGCCCCUGCGCCCACGCCCCAGCAAAGCUAUUCGUCGCCCAUGUUCGGCCCGUCGUUCGGCAUGCAGCAGAGUUACAUGCAACGACCCAUGUGUCAGAGCCAACCACAAGAGCAAGAGCAAGAGCAAUCUGCCGCCAAGGGCAAACAAGUCCGACAAGACGCCGCCUUUGACGAAGCAGCCUUUGAGCGCGCCUUCGAAGCCGCACACGCCAGCAUGCAAGUGAAAGCUGAAGCUGAAGCCGAAGCUGAAGCCGAAGCUGAAGCCGAAGCCGAAGCCAUCAGACUCGCACAAGACACAUCCUCCCUCAUCGCCGCCGCACAACACUACCUCAACCAAGACGCAGAAAUAUACAACAACCUCAUUCCCAACUCCCCGACUGCGCAUGCCAGUAUGCUCGACCCCCUCCUCGCUAUGCCUCAGGACGCCGUGGCUGCAGAAGGAGAAGACGAAGAAGAAGUGCAGCACAACCAACCCCCGAGUCACUCGGACGAAGAGCUCGCCCAGACCGCAGGCCGCCUCCUCGAAGCCGUCGCGGACAACAAGUCGGACAAGUUCGCGCAGAGCACGUUCUUCGGCCUGAUGCGCAAGCUGCGCGACCACGAAGUGCGCGUCGAAGGCGAGACCAUGGUCGACGUCGUGCCUGCCGCGCAAGGGCCCAGCAGCAGUAAUAUCCAGAGCAACACAACGGUCGACGGCGCCGGACCAUCAUCAUCUCAAGCACGACAUCUCGAUCACAGAGAUACAGACUGGGCUUCAAUCACGAUGGGCGACACAUAUGCCAACGAUGUUACUCCCGAACAGCUCAGUAGAGCAUAUGCGGCUGUCCGGCACACGCUGCGGCCUGGACUGCUGGGUCGGUCGUGGGCUACUGGGUGUUUCCCGCCUGAUACGCGCGAAGGUUGAGGGAGGGAGGGAGAGAGGAUGUAUGUGAGUGAGUGAGUGAGUAAGUGAUUGGGAUGUUCGCAGUGUAGUGUACGAUUUGGUCGUGGUUUUGUACAACUAGGGGAGAGAGAGGGAGAUGGGGAUAGAGGGAUAGAGAGAGAAAAGGACUAGGUGGACGGAUGGAGAAGCAAAGAAAGCGAUUCAUGCCGCGCGCUGGGAAGACAGCGCGUACCCCAAACACGUAUGCAUACAUACACAUACAGACACACAUACAUACCCCUGCAGCUCAAACGCACGUACGUACGUGCAUAUAAAAUAGAAGACAAGACAUACGUUUCAAAAAAAACCCCACCCCAAAGAAAAGGUUAUACACAAUUCAC